UUUGUGUACAUGCAGUCCAGAAAGGACUGAAGACUAUUUUAUAUAUUAUUUAAUGUCACUAGGAUAACUGAACUCGUCUAAAAUGACAGAUAUAUUAUGCAAGUGGCUCAAUGAUGAGCUGAAGCUUUCCAAGCAGACUGACCCUGCCACCCUGGCUAGGGAUUUCUGUACAGGGUAUCUUGUGGGAGAGGUCCUCAGCAAGCACCAGUUGCAAGAUGACUUCGAUCAGUUUUCACAGAACAAGACUGCAGAUUCAAAGCUUAACAACUUCACCAGAUUGGAGCCAACACUUCAUCUGCUUGGCAUCCCUUUUGAUACCAAUAUUGCUAGGGAUAUUAUGACAGAAAAACAGGGAGUGGCGACACGCUUACUGUACCAACUCUUCAUAGCUCUAAACAACAAGACUAAAUCAGGCUUAACUGGUGUUGCUAUGGAAACCAUGAGACCUGCAGCUCCUGUAAAACUUGAGGCAAUAGAAAGUGGAAUAUACAAGGAGAGGUUAAAACAUUUAACUCCCAGACAGACCGACUUGAACUUGGAAGCUCUGGUGGACAGAUUUCACAAGAAGCAGCUAGAGAUGGAGAAAACGGCCUUCAAGGAACGGUUCCUGGAGCAAGAGAGGAUCCGGGAGUGGCAGCAGGACCAGAGGAGACAACUCCUGGACCAGUCUAAACAGGCCAGAGCCAAGCAGUCUGAAGUGAUGGCUAAGAUACAGGCUGCCACUGUGCAUAUACCCAAACCUCCCCCCAGUAAGACAGCAGAAGCUAUCAGCCUAAGACAACAGAUGAACAAACAGAAAGAGGCACUGGCUACACAGAAUGCUAUUGCUGCAUUUGAAGAACGUAUGAAAAUGACCCUACCUCCUUCAAAACCCUUUGGAGAUGAAGAUUCCAGCUUAGCACAGGCAGAGGAGGAUAAGGAAGAAGAGGCACCUGAAGAGACACUGAAUAUCAUAAAACCUCAGUCCAACAGUGAGUAUAUCAACAAGAUCCGUAAACGUCUUCAAGAAGAUGCAUCAGCUAGACAGGAGAGGGAGAAGAGGAGGAGGAAAGUCCUGGUAGAUCAGCUCAAGGCACACGAAGCCCAGGAGGAGGCUCAUAGAGAAGAGAUGCUGGUGAACCGCCUGAUGCGACAAUCUCAGCAGGAGCGUAGAAUAGCGGUGCAGCUGCUGCAGGCCAGACAUGAGAAAGAAGUGAUCAGGAAGAACAGGCUGACACGAGAGGCACAGUAUCAGGAGAGGAGACUCAAGGACUUUGAGGAUGCUCUUAACAGAGAGGCUGAAAUGGCACGCCUGGCCAAGCUUGAGUAUAUUGAACAGACAAGAGCUGACAGAGAGUUACAUGAUAAAAUCAUGGCAGAGAGGGCAGAGGCAAGAUACAGGAAACACUAUGAAAUGUGCAGUGAGGUUUUGUCCCAGGUAGUGGACUUUUCUACAAAGAUUGGGGAGUACAGGGAGUUGACUAACAGACUUCUGCCCAAUAAAUUGAUGCGUGAGUGGACGUCCCUGUUUCUGUCUGGCAAGCCACUGUAUGAGGUGAAGACCAGCCAGGACUCCACCAGCCUGGAACCUACACCUGAGCAGGUGCUGGAGGAGGAGAGACUGGCUCUGCUAGAUGAGGGAGACUUCAUGGAAUAUAAGAACAUGAUUGGUGAGUGGUGCCCACCAGAGGGCAGUGAGAUCACCGGUCCUCCGAGAAACAACCCUAUUGUUGGUCACAUAGUGCAGAGACUUUUCAACAUGGUACACCCACCAAGUCCAGUGCAAGAAAAACCGCCUCCACCCCCUCCCCCAGAGUUCCCCCCAUUCCCUGUGAAAGCCUGUGUGCUGGGGAAAGUAUUCAGUGGGAAGACCACAGUGAUUGAUAAGUUAGCAACAGCUCAUCGCCUUAGAGUAUUGAAUGUUGAUAACCUGGUGGCUGAGGCAAUAGAAGCCAACAAAAGUGGAGAAGUUGAGAUCAAAGAACCAGUGACGGAAGCAGAGACCAAACCCAAUGAGACUGAGGCACCACCUAGCAAAGAGCCAGCAGCCCAGCAACCACCUGCUGAAGGUACCCCAGCACCUGAGGUAGUGGACAGUAAUAAGCAGGAGGAAAAUGCUGCACCUCCCGAAACUGUGGAUGAUGAAAAGAAGGAUGAGGGUACAGAAAAAGGAGAUCCAGAAAAGCCAGUUCCUGAAAAAUCAGAUUUGGGACCAGAUACUGAAAGCAUCUCUUCCAAAUCUUCCAGGAGAGUUUCCAAAACAAAGAUUGCUCCAAAGCCACAGCCAACUGAGAGAGCCAAGCUUGGGGCCAAGGCCAUGAAAUGCUUGAAGAAAGGAAAGCCAGUGGAUGACCAGAUUAUCAUUGAUGUCUUGGUGGAUUCAAUCAGGCACAUCCCAGAAGGUACAGGGUGGGUGCUGGAUGGCUUCCCCACCAACUACACUCAGGCCAAGCUGCUGGAGAAGGCUCUCAGUGGCUUUGACGCCAUGGCCAAGGAACAGGAGAAACUUGGACUGGGUAAAAAAGGACAGAAGAAGUCAAUGCUUGCCCCUGAUCCCAGGCCCCCUCCACCCCCAGCUGAGCCCCAGAGUGGAGUCAAUGUGGUGAUAGUGUUUGACCUCCCAGAUGAAGUUGUGCUGAAGAGAUCAGCUGGAAGGACAUAUGCCAUGCAAGGGGAUGAGCACUACCACCAGGAGUUCAAGCCGCCUCCAGAGGGCAGUGCCACAGGGGUGGGGAAGCAGGAACAGGUGAUACCCGUAGAAGACCCAGCUCAUGACCAAGAACAGGUGCAGCACAGGAUCACUGCCUUCCUGGAUGCCUGGCCUAAGCUUGAGAAGUGGUACAGCAAGUUUGGUUCUCUGAAAAAAGUUGAUGCCACACAGGACACAGAGGCAGUCUUUUUAGAGGUGGAGGCUGUGAUGGAGGAAACUGUGAAUAAAUUGCUUGGUAUAGGACAAGAAUCUGAGCCUGUUCCUGAACCUGAAACUCAACCAGAGCCAGAGAAGCCCCCAGAGGAACCAAAGCCUGAGCCUCCUCCUGAACCCCGCCCAGAGUCUGGAUCCAGCACCAAGAGCAAGCGAUCAAGAUCUGGCUCCAAGAAAGGUUCCAGAGCUGGUUCAGCUAAAGGCAAAAGCAAAUCUCCUAAAUCGGGUAAAGGGAGAGAAAAGAGUGAAUCUCCAAAGAGAUCUGCAUCCAAAGACAAGAAAUCUGGAAAAGGGAGCAGAGGUUCCUCUGGCUCUCCUAAAAGAGGUAGAUCAGGCAAAAAGACCAAGACCCCCACGCCAGAGCCAGAACCAGAGCCUGAAGUCCCCCAGGGCCCCCCUCCCCCAGAGCCCGGGUCAGAGGAGUGGGAGUAUGUGGACACUGCACUGGACAUGGAACUAGCCAAAAUUCUUGCUCCACACUGGGAAACUGUGGAAGAGUCCUAUGUGGCCAACAACAAACACACAUUCAGGAAGAUCAGGGAAGAAAGAGAAAUGAUUUACCGCUACUUUUACCAGAUAAGACAAGAUUUCCAGGCAUAUCUCAAAAGACCAGAUCAUAAGAAGGAAUUUGUGGCACAGUGGCAGAAGGAUUACAAUGAAGUACCAGAUGACACGAGAGACGACGAAGAGACCCGCUCGGAGCUGCACCAGCGUGUUGAUGACCUGCGAGAACGCCUGUGGAGUAUCUGUGAUGAAAGGAAAGAUAAUGCAGAGAAAGAGCGCACUGAUAUCAUCAAUGAUGGCUGGUUAGAAGAUAGACUGGGAAUCCUCAGCAAUGACUAUAUAACUCUCAUGCAGUGUGAAGUAGAUCGCUACCAGGACACCAUCAGGUUGUUAAAAGAUUACUACAGAGGCAUGGAAGCUCCUAUUCCAGAUCCACAGAAUUAUGAGUUUGCUCGCAUUCCUUUAGUUGAGCUACCCGUGACUGACAUCCCCGGAUCACCUGCUAAAAGUCCAGUCAGUGAUAUGGGUCUGCCAGAUGAAGCUCUGAAAGCAAAGGAGAGCAAGUCCAGCACACCAUCAGGGAAGAGACCUGGGUCCUCAGGAAAGAGACCUGGCUCUUCUGGGAAAAGACCUGGAUCAUCUGGAAAGAGACCUGGAUCUUCUGGAAAAAAUACACCAUCUGGGAAGAAGAAAGGCAAGAAAUCGCAGGAACCACCUGAGGAACCAACUCUGCCUGGUCAAGAUGAAGAACCUCUGAAAGAGAUCAAAACUAGCAUUCCUCUGGUUCCCCGUCGCCCAGUCUCUCCAGAUCCCAAUGCUCCAACUACUCCUGCCACCAAGGAGAAGAAGGACAAGAAAGGAGGAGGGAAGAAGGAUAAGACACCUGCUGCUGAAGAGAAAGUAGAGAGCCCCAUGCCACCUGCAGACCCAGAUGAGAAAUUGAUCUUUGACGCAUUUAACAAUGGUGUCGCUGCUGUGUCAGGCAUUCUUAGUGCAGAAGAGGCUGCAAGGGAAGCUGAGGAGCAAGCUGAACUGGAGAAAGAGUUGGAGAAACAGAGAGAAAAGGAAAAGGCAACAAGUGACAAAAAAGGAGGAAAGGGUGGAAAGAAGGGCAAAAGCAGGAGCCCAUCACCUAAAAAAGGAAAAGGCAAAGGAAAAGAGCCUGAGCUGCCUCCCACGCCCACACCAGUUGAAGAAGAAUCAGAGGAAGAAAAGGAGAAGAAAAGAUUAAAGCAGAAAAUGAAGGAUGAAUAUUUCUUUGCCAUCAGGGAAGAAGAAGCUGCAGUAAAGAAGAGGGUUGAGCUGAUUAAGCUGCAUGCUGCUGGAGUACUGCAGGACCUGAAGAACAAGGCAGACAACGCCUACAAGGACAUGAAUGACUGGCUGGGGGCUAGGUUCCUUAAAGAGAUGGAGAGUAUUGACCAGUGUUCAGAAGUGAUGCGUCAUGCUAUUGAGAGUGGACAGAAGCUGACCACAGAAAUUGAAAUCUUUCAGGAUGAAUUUGUUGUUGUCGAGGAUGUUUUGGUGGAUAUCAAGACUGUGCGUACUCCAAGUCCUCCAGUGAGACCAGAGCCCAUGGAGCAGCCUCAGCCAGACCAGUUUACUGUGGCUCAGACCAACACACUGUAUAACCAGUUUAUGUCCAUUGCCCCUACGGGCUUCAUUUCUACCAAGGCUUUUGUGGACAUGCUUCAUGACUUCACUACUUUGUCCUAUGGCACAGAGUCCCUGCCUGACAUGUGGACCAAUGUAUCUCUGCACCAGUUGACAGAGAUGGCUGCAGAGUUGUCCCCAGAUGCUGAGUACAUAGACUGGAGGAACUUCAUGUUGGAGGCUGCCCAGCCCUGGCCACAGCCCACACAGACACAGCUGCUGGACACUCUGGCCAAGUACAAACAGAUGGACCAGAAGAACUCUGGCUUUGUCACCAGAGAGCAAUUUGAAUGGGUUAACCUGUGGUUCACCCAGGAGCCACCCCCCAUCACCCCAGCUGACCCUGCUGCCCCCAAGGCUUAUGACAGAGUAGGCAACCUGAAGAAGGUUCUCUUUGACAUCUUUGCUGACCACACCAUGGAGCCACCACAGCUGGACUAUGUCAGCAUGCUGAUGUACUUCAGUGUAGACCCCGACCCCCUGGAAGGUUUCCUGAGAGCUCUCAGCGUGGCCUCAGGUACACACAUGCCCAGACCACAUCUCAAACACAGGGGGACACUCAGCCUCACUGAUUCCACUGGGGACUUGUCUAGUUUGGACACAGUGAAGAUCCCAGAUGACAUCCCAGAGUCUGCCAAUGAGGCCACUGUACCCAUAGAGGCCCUGUACAAGGUGUUCCAUCAUGGUGAGCGCCCUAAAGGUGACAGCCACCGCUUCAGUGUCACCGUGGAUCCAGAGGAUGCAUUGUCUAUGGAACGGCUGAGUGCAGUGUAUGCAGAGUUGGAGCAGGGAGAGGAAGGUGCUCCCAUUCCUUACAUCACACUGAUAGAACACCCCUUCAUACAAGAUGUCCUGGCUACACACAGGAGGUUCAAAACACCACAUGUGAAGAACAUAUUGGUGAAUCCCCCUGCAGAAAACAUAGAGACCACCAGCAUCAAAACCACGGAGUAAAACCAGAGCUAUCCAUGGCA